AUGACGUAAUUGAUAAUGUGAUCUGGGCGAGGCACGUGAUUUUGUUGAGGCGCGGCGGAGACCAAGCCACCACCAACAUUCACUUCUUGUCUCCUCUCUCUGCCUUUUUUCAGAGUCUGCAGCUACUAGCUACAUAGAAGGAAGAGAGCAGAGGUGUCAUGGCUGGAGAUUUCGAGGGGAACCCGUUCGCGAGCGAGGAAGGAAUCAACCCGUUUGCCGACCCGGCGGUUACCCAGGUAACAGAGCCUCCACCCAGCUCUGGACCGGAUGAAUAUAACCCCUUUGCAGAGGGGGGAAAGCCGGCAAAGAAAGCGGAACCAGAGCUACCCAGGUUGCCUCCUCCACCCACCAAAUCAGACAUAAAGGCCAAGAACAAGGCGGCCAAGGCAGCCAAACCCAAGAAAGUUGAACCACCUCCAGCCUUCGUCCAAGCUAAAGAUGACAAGCCUCCAGCUUACAACAGUGGGGCCGGUCCUUUUGCUAACCAGGAACAGUCAGAGCUGGAAAAGAGAGAAGCUGAGAUUGCCCAGAGGGAGAGAGAUCUCCAGGCGAGGGAGAAGAACUUGGAGAGACUCGGUCCAAUUUUACGGGAAAACAACUUCCCUCCCUUCCCCGCCUUCUGCCCCUCCCCCCUCAAACCCUGUUUGUACAUCAAUAUCAACGUCGAGGUCCCGCCCCCUGAGCGAUGGAAGAUGUGGGCACUUCUCGGUCUCAUGAUAUUCACCUGGGUGAUGCUAGUGUUGAACGUGUUUAUCUCGAUAGUCGGAGCGGCCGUUUCCAGUGACGGCAACAGAAACGAGUAUCUCACGACAAUGGGCGUGUCCAUCCUCUACCUCGUCCUCUUUGUACCAGGAACUCUGUUCUGCUGGUUUCUGCCUGUCUACCACGCCUACAGGAAAGACAGUUCUCUGGCCUACAUGUGGUUCUUCUUCGUGAUGUUGUUCCAAGUACUCAGCUACACUCUCAAUGGCAUCGGAGCGCCCAACCUCGGGGCCUGGUGAGUGAAACCUUUGGUGACACAAACCUUCGCAAAUCAUUGAGAGCAACUUUUAAUGCAAACAUUGUCAGCCAAGAACUGUUGUGUGCUUCUCCUUAUCUUGAUCUCGCUGUUCAUUGCUAUCUCGCCUUGUCCCCAUUCCUAUUUCGGUUUCUUCUUCGACUUGCUGUCCUCAUUUAUUUGCUUUCUACAUUCCUCUCUCACCUUAUCCCGCUGCUGCUCCUAUUACUACAUCUCGUUCUAUUUCACUCUCCACUCUCUGUAUAUUAAUGUCUUUAUGAUGUGCAUAGUGGAUUCUUCAACGGAGCAAAGCUGUUUGGACCGGACGAGGACCAAAAGGCGGCAGGCGCCAUGUUCAUCAUUAUGGGCCUCCUGUGGAUAAUAGCUGUCCCUCUAGCUAUACUCCUAAUUAUCCUGGUUCAUCGGUACUACAGACAGUCUGGCGGUAGUCUCAAUAGAGCGACAGAAGAGGCAGUCACUGGGGCCGCCAAGAACAAGGCCGUGAGGGGAGCAGUGAAAUCUGGGGUGUCAGCCGGAGUAAAGGCCUCGAUGUAGACUAUUAUUGACUUAGAGAAUCUUCUACAUCAGCACUCACUAUACACAGCAAGCUACUAAAAUUUCCAUACAUAAGUAUACAGGAGACGUACAUAGUGUGUUUGAUGAGAGUUGGGGUCCGUGUGAUAAUUACGGUUACAUACAUACACUCUGUUGACAGCUUCAUUUGAUUCUCAUUGUACAGUGUGUGUUUUACCCACACCAGCUUGUACUCUAAGAUCAAUAUUAAUUGUUAACGUUGCAAAUUUUUUUUAUU